AUGGAGCUUCAUGGCAUGUGUUUCUCUGGAUUUAUGGUGCAGCAAUGGCCACGGGACCGCGUGAAGUCUGCAGCCCCGACUCCUCUCCUUCCCCUCUCCUCUCCUAUAAAAGGCAGCAUCCCCUUCUGCACUCCCUCACACCGUUCUUCCAACCUUCUUGUUAAUCUCUGUUCAUCCCCACCGUUGCGUUGCAGUCGACGUUGUCGUAUAACACCGAUCGGAGCUGCCGACGCCGUUUGCCGCCGGAGAGGACGCCCCGAAGCCGAGGCAGUGCUUCUAUCAACCUUCCUUUGUGCCGUCCUCUGUUCAUCGCCACCGUUCGAGAGCUCCGAAGCUGAUUGUGUGGUAGAAGAACCGAAUUUGUUUGAGGACGACCCACAUGACUCUUUUGGGAAAGAGGGUGAUGCUGGAGACUUUGAUGGAGAUUUUAACAACGACGAAUUCUAA